AUGGUAGAGGAAGCACCCAACUCUGAUUUCAACAAGUCCCACUUCUUUCUGAACAAUUCUGCCUGCACUGCAGAGUUGUGCACUAAUGGCUCGGGGCCACCCACUCCUCCAUAUUUGGUGGAUGCCUGGCUGGUCCCACUCUUCUUUGCCAUUCUGAUGUUAGUUGGGCUAUUGGGCAACUCUCUGGUAAUCUACGUCAUCAUCAGACACAAGCCAAUGAGGACAGUGACCAACUACUACAUUGCCAACCUGGCUACCACCGACAUCAUUUUCCUGGUUUGUUGUGUUCCCUUCACUGCAAUGCUGUAUCCACUUCCGGGCUGGAUCUUUGGAGAAUUCCUAUGUAAAUUUGUCAACUACAUCCAACAGGUCUCGGUGCAAGCGACCUGCGCCACCCUGACGGCCAUGAGUGUGGACCGGUGGUAUGUGACUGUCUUUCCACUUCGAUCCCUGCGACGGCGCACGCCACAAGUUGCCGUAACCGUCAGCAUCAGCAUUUGGGUUGGUUCCUUCCUUGUCUCCAUCCCAGUGCUGGUUUACAACCAGCUGAUAGAAGGAUAUUGGUUUGGUCCGCAAACGUUCUGCAGCGAGUCCUUCCCUUCCGUGUACCAUGAGAGAGCCUUCAUCCUCUACAACUUUUUAGCGGUUUACCUCCUCCCUUUAUUGACCAUUCUCCUCUGCUAUAGUGCUAUGCUUUACAAGAUGGGACACCCUACCGUGGCGCCAGCUGAUAACCAUUACCAGGUACAGCAGCUGGCAGAAUUCUCUGAAGCUCUGCGAGCUAAGAUCUCUCGUAUGGUGGCCAUCAUCAUUGCUCUCUUCACCAUCUGCUGGGGUCCGGUGCAAAUUCUGAUCCUCUUCCAAGCCUUUGACUCCACUUUUCAGCACAAUUACUAUACUUAUAAGGUGAAGAUUUUUGCUCACUGCAUGUCCUAUGCCAAUUCUUCCCUCAACCCCAUUGUCUACGCCUUCAUGGGCACUAAUUUUCGGAAAGCCUUCAAGAAAGUUUUCCCAGUGGCCUUCAAAAAGAGGGUGGGUAAUUGCAACAUUGCUGGCCGGGCCCACCUUAAUACCGAGAUGCAGUUUGUCUCAUCAGGGAUGUAGGUUUAAAAUAAGUACUUUUCCUGCACAGGUAGUCCUUGACUUACAAUCAUUUGUUUAGUGACAAUUCGAAAUUACCACGGCACUGAAAAAAGUGACUUACUCUAUGACCAUUUUCCACACUUAUGACCAUUGCCGCCUCCCCAUGGUCAUGUGAUUUACAAUUGGAUGCUGGACAACUGACUCACAUUUAUGAUGGUUGCAAUGUCCCGGGAUCUUGUGAUCACCUUUUGCUCCUGACAAGCAAAGUCAAUGGGGAAGCCAGAUUCACUUAACAACCAUGUUGCUAACUGAACAACCACAGUGAUUGACUUAACAACCAAUGCACAAAAAGCUGUAAAAUGGGGCAAAACUCACUUAACAAAUGUCUCACUUAAUAACAAGAAUUUUGGCCUCAAUUGUGGUCGUAGGUUGAGGACUACUUGUAAAGUGUUUUGCCUUCCAGUGGAUCCUACAGUGUUGUCCUGUGUUUAAGGUGCAGUGGAGGAUUCGUGAUUAUUCAAAUGUCAUUGCAGUCCACUUGCCAAUGCCCCAGUAGUGUGACCAAUAGUGAGAGAUGCUGUAAGAUGUAGUCCAGUAACAGUCAAGUCACACAUAUGUGUUGUGACCCCGGCCCAAGUAGGUAGUAGUAGAGGCAGUCGGUUCAAAACAAACAGAACAGCUGAGAAUUAGCUCAUUUUCAGCAUAGUCCAAACUACAGUACAUCAAAGCAAAUUCUUUAUAAUUCAAUUCUUUAGUCUUAUCACCAACCUUGGUCUCAUUAGGCAAACUGCCAAAAGCUUUUCCUGGCAAAAGUUCAAAAGCAGAAGACGCCAACAAGAAAUAAAUGCAGCAAGACAAGGAGCAACACUAUCAACGUUGUUUUCCGGCAAAGAGCCCAAAUGCUGUUGCUGGUCUUUUAAGCCUUAUGGGAGGGGCCAAUCAUCUCUUCACCCUACUCCCGAGUCGUUCUCUUUGCUUUAGCUGCUCUUGCCUUCUGGCAGCUCUUCUCAUGCGUGCAUUAGGAACAGGCUCCUCCUGUUCCUCUGCCUCACUACUGUCAGCCUCUGGAGUCCGCACAUCACUCCCAGAUGGCCCUGGCCCCACCUCUGCCUCCAACGCAGAGCCCUCAUCCUGGCCUUCCCCAGCCUCCAGGACUGGCCUAUGCUCUUCCUCAACCUCAUCACUAUCCAACUCCGUUGCCAGCUCCGCAGGCUGCUGGCGGACCACAAUAAUAUGUAACAAAACUCAAUAAAGAAGAAUAGCCAUAGAUUUCAGACUGAUAGCUUUCAUGCUAGUCGGGAAUAAAAAGAUAAUACCUUAAAAACUGUAAGAAUAAAGGGAGACUUAAACUAACUAAGGCAGAAUCUCUCUGAAAUGUUUCUUUUUCACAAUCCCCAUCACGGGACUAGGUUGCCCCUUCUCAUGCUAGCUAACCAUCAGCACAGGUAGUCCUUGACUUACAAUCAUAAUUUAGCCCAAAAUUUCUGUUGUGAAAUGAGGCAUUUGUUAAGUGAGUUUUGCCUCAUUUUACAACCUUGUUGAGUGAAUCACUGCAGUUGAUGAGUUAGUACCAUGGUUAGCUCAAACUGCCCAAGGAGCUGCUGAUCCAAUUCUACAGAGGAAUUAUUGAGUCUGUCAUUUGCACCUCUAUAACUGUCUGGUUCUGUUCUGCAACCCAACAAGAAAAACACAGACUUCAGAGGAUAAUUAGAACUGCAGAAAAAAUAAUUGCUACCAACUUGCCUUCCAUUGAGGACCUGUAUACUGCACGAAUCAAGAAGAGGGCCGUGAAAAUAUUUGCAGAUCCCUCGCAUCCUGGACAUAAACUGUUUCAACUCCUACCCUCAAAACGACGCUAUAGAGCACUGCACACCAGAACAACUAGACACAAGAACAGUUUUUUCCCGAAGGCCAUCACUCUGCUAAACAAAUAAUUCCUCAACACUGUCAGACUAUUUACUGAAUCUGCACUACUAUUAAUCGUUUCAUAGUUCCCAUCACCAAUCUCUUUCCACUUAUGACUGUAUGACUAUAACUUGUUGCUGGCAAUCCUUAUGAUUUAUAUUGAUAUAUUGAUCAUCAAUUGUGUUGUAAAUGUUGUACCUUGAUGAACGUAUCUUUUCUUUUAUGUACACUGAGAGCAUAUGCACCAAGACAAAUUCCUUGUGUGUCCAAUCACACUUGGCCA